UAUGUCAAAUGAACAUGGACCCAUAUGAAACGUCAGCACAGUGAGUGUAGUAGCAGUUUACGUAUUGAUGUUCGCGAGCUAGCCUAGUAAAAUACAGUCCAGACAUAGAAAUACAUUUGUCGUAAGGCAGUAUAUUUGUAGAGUUAUUACAUUGGGAAACGGUAGAGUUUAUAUUCGUUGCAGAGAAUACGUCUAACGCAAUGGACUUCACUUGGAUUUUUUUACUUUCUCGAAGUUCAUACGAUUGAAAGAGGAAUGACAAUGACAGUUCCCUUGCCUGUGAGAGGAGGCUACACUGGAAUACAGCUGUUCUGUGACCAAAACAAGGGACCUUGAAGGACCACAGCCUGUGUGACAGAGGACUUGCAUUGUGAAGCUUUUGGGGAGAGCAGCAGGCAGUACACUUGUGUAAAGAAACACUAAGGCAAGGUGGAGAUGUUUGCCAAACUGAAAAAGAAGAUUGCUGAGGAGGCAGCCACAGCCCCCCGGACCGGAGUCCGCAUGCCUCGGUCCUAUAGCAAAGAGUCCAUUACGUCAGUGGGGGCAGACUCGGGGGAUGAUUUUGCCUCUGAUGGCAGUAGCUCCAGGGACGACCUCUCCUCCCAGAUCCUCAGAAGGAAUGAUCAGAUUCGCAAGCUGGAAGCCAAACUAUCAGACUACGCUGAGCAGCUCCGACUUAUGCAGAAGACCAAGGACAAGCUUGAAAUUGCAUUAGAAAAACAUCAGGAUUCCUCCAUGAGGAAACUGCAGGACCAGAAUGAGACUCACCAGGCCAAUAGAGCCAAAAUGGCCGAAGGCAUGGCUUUGGCACUGGACAAGAAGGAUCAGGAAUGGAUGGAAAGGAUAUCUACGCUGGAGCAGGAGAAAGCGUCUCUGUCUGUGAGGCUAGAUGAGAUGAUGGAGCAGAGCCUUUCUCUGUUCCAGAAGAGGGAUGACCUGGACGAGCUGGAGGGCUUCCAGCAGCAGGAGCUCGCCAAAGUCAAACACAUGUUACUGAGUAAGGAGGAGCAGCUGGUCCAGCAGGAGCGAGUGCUCCAGCAGAAGGGUGCCGAGCUGCAGAUGGCCAAGAAGGGUCUGGCCGAAGCCCAGGAGCAGCUGCGGGUUCUGGGAGAGGAGCAUCAGGAAAGUUGCAGGCUCAACACGGAGCAGGAGAUGGUGAGAGAGGAGCUGCUGGAGGUCAGGGAGGAGGCUGAGAAGAAGAUUACUGAGCUGGAGGGCAGAGGCCAGAACCUGCAGAAGGUCAUCCAACAGGUAUCUGAAGACUUCCAGAAGUCGCGGAGCGCGGCAGCAGCUGUAGAGAAGUCUCUCCGUACGUUACAAAUGGAGAACAAUGCCCUGAAGCUGCAGCAACACAAAGCUGCAGUGACUGAUGAGGACAAGGAGCGUGUGCUGCUGGACCUGCAGGAGAAGAUCUCCUCUCUGGAGAGACGUCUGCAUGGUAACCUGAGUGAAGACGAGCUCCUCCAGGAGCUUCUCAAAGAGAAGUCCACUCUGGAGCAGAGGCUGGAGGACACGAGGGUUGAGCUGCUGGAGGCACGCACCAACCAUGCAGACACGGUUAGCUCUUUGGAGACUCAGAUAUCCAGACUCAACAACAAUGUGACUGAACUACAGACCCUGCUACGACACAAGGACGACUCUUCCAAGAACUACAGAGAGAGAACGGACGCACAGAUAGCAGGUCUGGAACAGCAGGUGCAGGAGAGCAAUGAGAGGCUCAAGAACACUGAGCAGCAGAUCUCUGACAAACAAGCACAUCUAGACAAACUGCAGGCAGAGUGGAGUGUGGAGAGGGACAGUCUGCAGCAGCAGGUGUCUGCAGAGCGGCAACAGGGCCAGGACAGGGCAGGUCGGCUGGAGGAGCAGCUCACUGCACUGCAGACAGAGAGAGACACCGAACACACCUCUGCCCAAGCCAGGAUUAGUGAGUUGGAGCAAGAGAGAGCGUCUCUGGUGAGGGGGAGGGAUAAAGCUGACGUUGCUCUGAGGAGGCAGGCAGAGGGGCUGGAGCAGGCCAGGUCAGAGCUGAGCAGCAGGCAGACAGUGAGUGUGGAGAUAGCCAUGGCUCUGGAGGACACCAGGAGACAGAAGGAGGUGCUCCAACUACAGGUAGGAGAGAUGAUGGCGUCACUUCAAACAACAUCGCAGGAACUGGCCCACGUCACUGAGCAGCUGAAGCGGAAAGAAGAGGAACUCCAAACACUUCGCAAUGAGCUGCAGAGUGCCCAGAGCUCCCUGUCCCAGCUGCAAGAGGAGACAGAGGGGCUGCAGGCAGCAGCCCAGGAGAGGCAGGAGGAGAAGGACAGCCAGCUGGUCAGCUUGAGGCAGGAGCUCCUAACCCAGAAUGAGCAGUUGGACUCCUGCCAGUUACGGGUAUCGGCGCUAGAGGUAGAGACUCUGACGUUGCAGCAGACUCCAGAGCUGUGUGAACUGGACCAGAAUGGGACUGUGACGGUGGAUGACCUGGACCACAUGCAGAAGGCCAACCGAGACCUGGAGCAGCAGCUCAGUGACAAGAACAAGACCAUUAAGCAGCUGCAGCAGAGACUAGCAGAGCUAAAGAGGACCUUGCAGAAGGAGCUGAAGCUGAAACCUGAAACAGAGUCCGAUGGGAAAGAGAGGGCCCAAGAAGGGAGAGGAGAGAGGCAAGAGAGGCCAGACAGAAUCUUUACAGAGCUCACUCUAGGCCCGGCCCCGGGCCCAAACACCACUGUCACCAACACAUCUGAUCUCAAUGACUCACGAGAGAUCAACUUUGAGUACCUCAAACACGUGGUGCUAAAAUUCAUGUCAUCCAGAGAGGCUGAGGCCUAUCAGCUGAUCAGAGCAGUGUCUGUGUUGCUGAACUUCACUGGUGAGGAAGAAGACAUGUUGAAGCAGACUCUGGAGUACAAGAUGUCCUGGUUUGGAUCCAAGCCUUCUCUGAAAGGUAUUGUCCGGCCAUCAGUUUCAGGGGCACCUGCUCACUGGAGCUGAGGGGACCGAGAGAGGAAGAGAGGACAGACACACACACACAUUACUUUUAUCAUGCGUUUGCAUGACUUCUCCCACCACUGUGGCAACCAAAUGAACACUGAAAAAGAAAACACAACCCAAGCUUUAAAAUGGUUUCUGACAUGACACAGAUUCCUAUGUACUGUAGCUCCUCAAUCUCUCCUGAUCAUUAUCUUCAAGAGAAAAGAGAAUUGCUCUACAAUGACUUAGAAGGGCAAAGUCUUGUUAGUGAGGUCUGUUUUUUUUUUGGGGGGGGGUUAUUUAGAAGUAAAAUGGUUAAAGCAGACAUGGUGUUGACCCAUUUGAUAAAUGUUAACCUUAAGAGAAACCCUCCUCCCUCCCCUAGGAAUGAGGUUAACAUUAGAUCGAGCUCUGUCAUGGACACAGUACAAGUACACUACAUUACCAAAGGUAUGUGGAUAUCGGCUUGUCUAACAUGCCAUUCCAAAUUCAUGGGCAUUAAUAUGGAGUUGGUCCCCCCUUUGCUGCUAUAACAGCCUCUACUCUUCUGGGAAGGCUUUCCACUAGACGUUGGAACAUUGCUGCUAUAACAGCCUCUACUCUUCUGGGAAGGCUUUCCACUAGACGUUGGAACAUUGCUGCUAUAACAGCCUCUACUCUUCUGGGAAGGCUUUCCACUAGACGUUGGAACAUUGCUGCUAUAACAGCCUCUACUCUUCUGGGAAGGCUUUCCACUAGACGUUGGAACAUUGACACCGGGGACUUGCUUACAUUCAGCUAAAAGAGCAUUAGUGAAGUCAGGCACUGAUGUUGGGGGAUUAGGCCUGACCCAGCCGUCACAACUAUUUUUUGACAGAGAAGAUUAUUUAUGUCUCUGCUCCAAUGUUUUUUAUUUAAUUUAGACAUACGGUAUUUACUGCCGUUGACUACCUAUGCCAGGGUUCCCCAAAUAGCGGUCCAUGGGCCGAAUUUGGCCUGCGUGUGGUUUUAUUUGGCCCCCAAUGUUUUCUGAGCAAAAACGCUAUUUUUUUAUAUAUAUUUUUUAUAUUAUUGGACAUAAGACUGUAAAAACAUCUGGAAAUCAGCUCCAAGUUAUUUUAAUUUUGGACAUCUGUUCCCAAAUAGCUUCCUGAAAUGAUUGUUUUAAUCUAAAAUUCUUUCUGUUUUGGAUUCUUGCGGUCAAUUUGAAGUCUACAAAUAUUUGUAAUUAUGUUCCAGCCCCCCGACCAUCCAAGAAAAUGAGCCUGCGGCUAGAUCCAGUUAGUGAUCCCUUCUCUAUGGUUGGGAAAGAGAUAUUGUGGAAUUGUGAGUGCAUGAUAACAAGAACCUUGAACAUGCUACCAUCCCAAUCAACCCCUCUUCAGUUGAAUGGAACGCCCCAAGAUUUCUGAUGGACCCUUCACAACAGUCUUUAAUUUGGUUCUUUCCAUUAAAAAUAUAACUUCAGAUGGCUUAUGUAGGAAUAAUCCAUGUUAAAAUCAGAGCUUGUGAUGUUUCUGAAGGGGAGGUGAGAGUCAUACAUCAAUGUCUUUGAUAUCAAUGGAGAAAAUCUACGUCAUGCAGACAGGAGAGGAGUACUUUUUAAAUAUGUUACAUCAUUAUUGAAAGCUAUCUAAAUCAGAAUUAUUGAAGGAUGUGCUCUACCUUUACCUGCCUUGUGUUUGUGUAAAUGACAGUACAUUCCAUGUCUAUUUAUAUAUGAUAACUGUACAUAUGCAUUGGGAACUUUAUAAAUCACUGGGUGUGAAAUAAUUUUGUUUGACCUCUUGCAGUAUUUUACACCAUGUUUUACCUGUCUGUCCAUGUAGCCAGUCUUGGCUUGAUGUUCUGUCUCACUGUUCAUUGACAUCCUGUACAGAACUAAGUGGCCAUUUGUGUGAGCUUACAAUGUGAGGGCAUUAACAAUGUACUGGAGGAAAGACCCUUUAAUACAGUAUGCAUGCCUUAUAGCAAAAUGCAUUGGUUUUCUGCAGAGGGAAAACCUGUCUCCAUAACAUUCUGAAUAGAAUGUGAACCAAAUUAAUGGCUAAGGUGUGAGGAAGCAACACAGCACUCUGCACUCUGAAUUCUACUCCCAUAUCAUGUGAGAAAUAUCCAUGUGUCUGGUUACAUUACAGUACUGUAGAAUUUGAUGUCACAUUCAUUGGGUUUAUGCGGUUCGUCAACUCUGGGGCUGGGAGGUCGAAGAGGAAGGUGACAAUGAUGCAUUGUGUGAAUAAUAAUAAUGCAUUGUGUCCUCCCCGUCUUUAAACUGCUGUCAUAAAAUGGACACGGUCAACAUUCAAUGUCAAAACACCACACUGUGUAAAGUGACCUGCUAUUGAAUAGUAUCUGGUACCACAAAUUUAGUAUAAUUCCAUAGAACUACAAUAAUAUCACAGCACAGGUGGCUAUGACUCUACUGCAAGGUCACCAUAAAAAAAACUUAUGCACUUCUUUUUUUUCCACUUCUGUUUGAUUCCGCUAUGUGUGGCUAACUGGUUUUUAACAAACAAUCUAAAUCACAACAGAUUCUAUUAAUUUUCACUUUAACAAGUGCUACCACUACAAAUUAUUUUGUUUUGUCUUCAUUUCUUGUUAAUAAAUAAAUGUUAAAAAG